UUUGGACUGUGAGACAACAGUUAAGUCAAAGAGAAUAGAAGCACUAUAUUCUAUACUCUUUGAUUACAGUACACAACCCAAUAAUGUACUGACACCAUGAGCACAAAAACGAAGUCGAAGUGGAAAAACAGCCGAAAAUUAUGUUCAGCAUUUAACUGUAACAACUAUCAGUUCAACAGUCAACAUCUUGCUUUUCACCGUUUCCCUGCAAACCCUGACAGGUGUGCAAGAUGGGUGCAGAAUCUCAGGAAUGUAUCUUUGAAAGUGAUAAGCUCUCAGCGGCUCCAUCAGAGCUACAGGGUGUGCAGUGCACAUUUUGAACCUAACCAGUUCAAGAGGCCAUCUAAUGUUCAUGCUGGAUUGAAAUGGGAUGCAGUGCCCUUAAAGGAUGCCUCUAACCCACCACCCCAACUGGACUUGAAGUUAAGGAAAAAGCCACCAAAGAAACGUCUGGAAUUAAGCAAAAAGAGUCAUGUUGUUCAACCAUCAAAUGCAGCCUCCUCCUCUACAGACAGUGUUUCAGAGACAGCAAUCACAACACCUGAUGCUACUGUAGCAGGACCUUCGAUGACACUGACACCACUGUUGCCACAGACACCACUGUUACCACAGACACCACUGUUACCACAGACACCACUGUUGCCACAGACACCACUGUUACUACAGACAUCACUGUUGCCACAGACACCACUGUUGCCACAGACACCACUGUUGCCACAGACACCACUGUUGCCACAGACACCACUGUUGCCACCGACAUCAUUGCAAACAAACCCUGAAGCUGCUGCCAAGGAACGUGCCCUGAAGAUGAAGAUCAGGAGUCUGGAGUCCCAGGUGUGCAAGCUGAAGAAAAAAGUGAGGGAACACGUCCAGAUAAAGAAGCCCAGAACGACUGUUCAGUCAGUGAUGAAGCAGUUGGAGGAACUCUUACCAGCCAAAGCCUAUGCUUUUGUGAGUACACAGAUACGCGUGUCUCAACGCAAGGCUCUUGGUUUCCGGUGGACUAGUCAGGAAAAAGCUUUCUUCUUGGCUCUGCUCCAGGCCAGUCCAAAGUGUUACAAGCUACUGUUCAAUGUGUUUUCUAUGCCAUCUGUCCGCACACUGCAGAAGCUUAACUCAGAUGAACGUCGCUAUGCCUCCCAGGAUAGUCCCAGGAUCACCAUCAAUUCUAAGGUUUUGGACGACCACAGUUAUGUGACUACUGAUUGUAGAGAAGCUGAGAUGGAUUCCAUGUGGGAAUCUGCAGAUCCAGUAGUCACUGUUAAUAUAGGAGCCACAUCGGACCAGGUGGAGGAAUAUGAAUGAAUGGUUGUCACAUUUCGGCUCUGGUAUAUGUAUACAAUUGUUUAACACAUUAUUUUGGUAGCGACAUUAAAUAUAUGGGCUGAAAUAUAGAUAAUGUUGUAAGUACUUUUAUACAGCAUGUUUAUUGGAGUGACAUUUUAUUGGAUUCACAGUCCAAAAUGGCAGAGACGAGGCUCUGCAGCUGUUGCAAUGGAACAAACUAUUAAGCUUCACCUCUUGUGCUUCUAUACUCUUUGAUACCUACACACCAGGCCAUCCCUCCCAUCCCUGUUCCCCUUGCUC